CCCAUUAAUUACAGAGCUGCAUCCCAUCUCGCUUCUAAAUAUCCCCUGCACUCGUUACUCUCCUGUACUACUCUGGUCUUCUCUCCCAUGGCGAUGGCGGUGACCAGACCCCACCUCGUCCUCUUCUCUCUUCUCCUUCUCCUCCUCGUCGCCGAUGGCGCGGCGAAGCCCAUCGAGUACCAAACCCUAGUCGUCACCCCUCUCCGGAGUCCCCCAGCUCUCCUCCCCGACGACGACCUCCUCACCUGGACCACUGACACCCAAACCCUCGCCGACGAGACGGGCAUCUCCGCUGGUGCCGCAGCCGCUUCCUCGUCUCUCCGCGUCCGCAUCGCCCACCGGGACUCCCUCUUCGCCGCCAACUCCACCCCGGAGCACCUCCUCGGCCUCCGCCUCGGCCGCGACGCCACCCGAGUGUCCCACCUCCACGAGAUCCUUGGGGCGGAGGGAAACGCCACCCACGCCGUCAGGGCUGGGCGGAGGGGGUUCAGCUCCUCGGUGGUGUCGGGGCUCGCUCAGGGCAGCGGGGAGUACUUUACCCGGAUCGGAAUCGGCACGCCGGCGAGGUACGCGUACAUGGUGCUCGAUACCGGCAGCGACGUGGUGUGGCUCCAGUGCGCUCCGUGCCGGCGGUGCUACUCCCAGACAGACCCCAUCUUUGAUCCUCGCCGCUCCCGCUCCUACGCUACCAUCCCCUGCGACGCGCCGCUCUGCAGCCGGCUCGACGUCGCCGGAUGCAACACCCGCCGCCGGUCGUGCCUCUACCAGGUCUCGUACGGCGACGGGUCGAUUACCACCGGCGAGUUCUCGACGGAGACCCUCACCUUCCGCCGCGGCGCCCGGGUGGGGCGGAUCGCGCUAGGGUGCGGCCACGACAACGAGGGGCUGUUCGUGGCGGCCUCGGGGCUGCUGGGGCUAGGCCGAGGGAGACUCUCCUUCCCUUCCCAGGCAGGCCGGCGCUUCGGCCGCCGGUUCUCCUACUGUCUGGUAGACCGGACGUCCUCCGGCUCCGGCGCCUCGCCCGCGAAGUCGUCGUCGGUGGUGUUCGGCGGCUCGGCGGUGCCCCGACCUGGGGCGGCGGUAGCGUACACGCCGAUGCUGCGGAACCCGAGAAUGGACACGUUCUACUACGUGGAACUGAUGGGGAUCAGCGUGGGGGGGUCCCGGGUGGCCGGCGUCUCGGCGGCGGUCCUCCGGCUGGACCCGGCGACGGGGAAGGGAGGGGUGAUCGUGGACUCGGGGACGUCGGUGACGCGUCUGGCGCGGCAAGCGUACGCGGCGAUGCGGGACGCUUUCAAGGCGGCGGCAGCGGAGCUGAGGGAAGCGCCAGGCGGAUUCUCGCUGUUCGACACGUGCUACAACCUCGCCGGAAGGACGCAAGUGAAGGUGCCGACGGUGGUGAUGCAUCUCGGCGGCGGGGCGGCGGUGUCGCUGCCGGCGGAGAACUACCUGAUCCCGGUGGACACCAAGGGGACGUUCUGCUUUGCCUUCGCCGGGACCGACAGUGGGGUCUCCAUCAUCGGGAACAUCCAGCAGCAGGGGUUCCGGGUGGUCUUCGACGGCGCCCAGUCCAGGGUGGGGUUCAUGCCUCGCGGGUGCUAGUUCUGGUGGCUGCGGCUGUCGGCGUCGGGCGGAGAGCUCGAAGGCUUCUGUGUCCCGUUCGGUGUUGUUUCGGAGCCGUUACGUUUUAAUACCGGUAUCAUUAUGUUGAGAAGCUUGAAAAGAAGCGAGGGAUGAAGUGUGGAGUAAAAUAGCGGAAAGCGAGUAAAGUUUGUAGAAAAGAAAAUCUCGAUUCCAAAUUCUGGUUUCGCUUUUUUCUCUGUAACCGGGCUGCCCGUUUCCGCAAAUUUUAUAUGAAAAUGGCUCCCUUUGUCGGUAAGCUUCCUAUUUUAUUUUA